CAUUUUGAGCAUGGAGGACAGAGCAACGAGCACGGCUCUGAAUUCCGCACCUUAUAGAUUUUACCAUCGUUAAACCAAAACGUAUCAGCCUAUGAGGUGUCUUCUCAACAACGAAGAGGCUGGGCUGGUCUCUCACUUCCUGGUUACUGCAGCUCUGCGGGGUUUCAGGCAUUGUUUUGUAAUGAAAGCAGUUUCCCGCAACUGGUUUACGUCGGUGCAUAUAGCGCUUAGUCUCAUUGGGCCUCCCUACGCCGCGGGGACAAGUGGAGUCUGCAGGAAAAACGCCGUCGGCCGCACGCCCAGUCUCUGUUCAUCAACAUUUGCAAUGUCCGCGCACGUCAAGGCUCGCUGUCCGGUAUAUCCCGGUUCAGACUCUCACCGCUUCCCUGUCCCGGAUGACAAACUAGACUGGGACACAGACUGGCCCCAGUACAGGCCUGUUUACUACACCGCGCCCACCGUGCUGAAAAAGCCGGUUUGGGCUGACCCAGAGAUAGGUGCAUUUUCCCCACAGUUCAAUACUUUGGAUGGAUCUGUGGACAGGAGAAGCCAUGAUGGCCCGUAUCGUAUCCAGAAUGGCAAACCACUUAAUCCACGUGGAAGAACUGGGCUGGAGGGCCAAGGAUUAUUGGGAAGGUGGGGUCCUAACCAUGCCGCUGAUCCAAUAGUUACCAGGUGGAAAAGGGAGUCUACAGGACAGCAUGUCCUCAACACUAACUCUCAGCUACCUGUGCUGCAAUUUGUGUCCAUUAAGAGGUUGGACUGUGGUGAGUGGGCCAUCCCAGGGGGAAUGGUGGACCCCGGAGAGCGCAUUUCUCAAACACUGCAGCGUGAGUUCUCAGAAGAAGCUUUGAACUCUCUGCAGGCAUCUCCAUGCGAGAGGGAAAAACUCCAAAAGCGAAUCAGUGAACUUUUCAGCUCGUCCGGUCUUCAGGUGUAUAAAGGUUAUGUAGAUGAUCCAAGAAACACAGAUAAUGCUUGGAUGGAGACAGUUGCAAUCAAUUUCCAUGAUGAAUCAGGCAAUAGUGUGAGCGAGCUUCCAUUGCAAGCGGGUGAUGACGCAGGUCAAGUGAGCUGGAUUGACGUUGACUCCUCUCUGGCCCUUUAUGCAAAUCAUUUACAUUUCCUAGAGACCGUUGCGAAGGAAAGAAAUGCACACUGGUAACAAUAGUCAAAAGUGCCUUACUGCUUUAACAUAAAUUAAGGAAAUUGUUGAAUGUGUGUAAUUUAAAUGACUCACAUGAAGAUGCUUGGAUACAUAAUUUGACGCAAGCUAGGAAAGUCAGUUCUGGUGCCGGCACAUAUUUAUAUGAAGUAUGAACCAUUUGCAAAAACACUGCCAACAAACCAAUUCCAAUAAACCAAAGGUAAUUUCAAUUAUCUGUGCACAUUUUUAAUAUUCAUAUUAUAAAGCAUGGCUGCUGAAAAUGGUGGCAUAAGCAUUAAGUUUGUUUGUCACACUAAACACGUCUACUUGAUUAAGAACUUCUGUAAUAACGAAAGAAAAAAAAACAUACACUUGUUACGUGUAUUGUUUUACCUUGUCAGUUGUGCUAUAUUAAAUCAUUUAAAAGAAAAUUUGAAAGAAAA